GUAUUUUAAUAAUAAUUAUAUUUCUAUGUAUUUAAGUAUUUCUAAAUAUUUAUAUAUUAUAUAUAUCGUUGUCUAAGUAACCUCAACACAAGCCUUAUUGAGCUUACUGUGGGACUUAGUCAAUUUGUGUAAUGAUGUCCUAUAAUAAAUUUAUUAUUUAUAUAGCACUGCAUCAUUUCUUUAUAGUAUAUUUUUUGUUAAAUGUUUAAGAAGAUAAUAAUCGUCAUUACUUAACAUAUUGCAAUGCUUGAAACACUCGGUUAACUUAUCUAGUAUUAUAUGCAGUGUAAACAAGCCUUGAACAAGUACGCACCAAGUGCUUAAUCUAUGCACUUAUACAGGUCGUUAUCUCCCUACCUGCAAUGGUUGUUGUAUGUCCUAGAUGUACAUUAUCUACAAGUGGCGUCGAUAAACUAGGUAUAAAUCGUCAUAUGCUUUCAAUUUAAACGAUAAACGUAUACAGGCUGUACGGUAACGAUGAGUUUUAAGAAUAAGGUUGUCAUAGUGACGGGAGCAAGCUCGGGCAUCGGCGCGGCGACGGCGCUGAUGUUCGCCAAGGAGGGCGCCGACGUGGCGCUUGUGGCGCACACGCAGGCCAAGCUCGCCGCCGUCGCGAAUAACAUCGAGGCGCUCGGCAGAAAACCUCUUAUUAUCCAAACCGAUCUCUCUAAAGAAACUGACACUGCCACCGUUGUCCCAGAAACUGUAAAACAUUUCGGAAAGUUAGACGUGCUGGUCAAUAAUGCUGGCUUAUCUUCAGUGGGAUCUUUAACAGAAGGCACAAUAUUACAAGAGUAUGAUGAAGUGAUGAGAACCAAUGUUGGGGCGGUGAUUCAAUUGACAAGCCUAGCGGCGCCAUAUCUGGCGAAAACAAAAGGUGAUACGACAGGCGCUGAUAGACGCUACUCUACAAGGUUUCAUAGCUACGAAUGAAGAAAUUGGCGGUUUAAUUUUGUUCCUAGCCAGCGAUAAGGCGAGAAGCGUCACUGGAUCGAACUACGUCAUGGACAAUGGAUGGACUAUGGUUCCUCAUGAGUAAGAUCGUUUUCACAUUUGUCCGAUCCUAUAUCGAAUGUCUGAUACAACUACAAUAAAGAAGAAAAAUGUAAAAAAACUUGCUUUAAUAAUCAUUUAUUAACUUCAUGAAUUCAAUCACUGGCACUAUUGCUUAUUGCUCACGUGACUGCUUACCAUCAGGCGGGCCGUGUGCUUGUUUGCCACCGACGUGGUUAAAUUAAACCUAAUAAUAAUAAUUAAAAGCGUUAUUGUAGAAAUAAACAUACUUGAUGCCAUAGCGCUCGCUCUUGGGGCUGUCAUUCUCCAAAGGACCGACAUCGGAUCGGAUGUGCUAAUGGAUGAAAUUAAAACCGAUUUUUCAUUCAUUUUAAUUAAGUAAUUCUA